AUGGGGUCAAGUCUAUUACGGGUCCGCAGACCAGAGUGCUGUCCUGGUCUGCUACGGUCGAAGAGCACUGAACGGGAAGACAAGGAUCUCAAGUCAACAGUCUAUCAAAGGGUGAGGGUCACGGAUGCAAACCACAGAGAACUGGCGGAGAAGCUGCCGCUCCCUCCGCCCGGCCAUGGGCUCCGUGCUUCCUCGUUGGCCCUCAAGCCGGCCUUCAAGCAGCAGCAGCCGCUCUCCCUGGCGGACAUCAUCACCUCGGACAUCCUGCACAGCUUCCUGUACGGCCGCUGGAGACACGUCCUGAGUGAACAGCAUCAGCAUCAGCAGCAGCACCACAGCCAGCAGCAGCAGCAUCAGCUGCAGCACGAGGAGCGUACGGCCCCGAGCGCCAGCCCCAAGACCGCCUUCACCGCGGAGGUUCUGGCGCAGUCCUUCUCCGGAGAGGUGCAGAAGUUGUCCAGCCUGGUUUUACCCAGUGAAGUGAUCAUCGCUCAGAGCUCCGUCCCAGGUGAAGGUUUGGGAAUUUUCUCCAAAACUUGGAUCAAAGCAGGGACGGAGAUGGGACCCUUCACUGGACGCCUCAUCUCCCCGGAACACAUCGACCUGUACAAGAACAACAACCUCAUGUGGGAGUUGUUUAAUGAAGACGGAAGUGUCCGCUACUUCAUCGAUGCCAGUCAGGAGGAUCAGAGGAGCUGGAUGACGUACAUUAAAUGUGCCCGAAAUGAACAGGAACAGAACCUGGAGGUGGUUCAGAUCGGCAGCAGCAUUUUCUACAAGGCCGUGGAGACCGUCCCGCCGGACCAGGAACUGCUCGUCUGGUAUGGAAACUCCUACAACACCUUUCUGGGAAUUCCUGGUAUUCCUGGAGGAGAAGAGGAGCAGAGCAAGAAGAGCAAGACCGAUGAGUUUCACACCUGCGAAGUGGUGAUGGUGGGGGGAGGAGGCGUGGGAGGAGGAAGCCACGCGGCCAACUCACCUCCUCCUCACCCGCCGCAGCUAACUGUCAUGCCUCACCCGGCGUCGCUGGUUCACCAUAUACCAACCAUGGUACUGUGAUGGAGAUAGACAGACAGACAGGCAGGUGUGAGACAGACAGACAGACAGGAAACGAAUCAAAACGAGCCAGUACUGACUCGAACUACAAACUGAAGAACGUUUAUUGUUUAUUUCCAAACGUAAACUCACACGUCGGUCGGCGUCGCAUUCACUGAGAAUGAAUCACUCUCUGCAAAUGAAUCACUCUCUGCAAAUAAAUCACUCACUGCGAAUAAAUCACUCUGCAAAUGAA